GCUGCCCGUUUCUGCGAAAUCAACAAGAGACCUCCGAGGGAAGCUAGUAUCUGCGAGCUCCGGGCAGCUCUCUCUCUAGACGGGAGGAAGGGAGGGGGACACGCAACUGGUAUUUCUUUGUUUUUGCACCACAGUGUUUGACCUGCCAGACCGGGAGACGACAUCCAGCCUGUGGGCAGAAACCAGCGGACAUUGUCGGGAUGGAUGGACCGAGCGAGCAGUGUUCGCCGUGCGGGCUGGCGCUAAUGUAGACGUCCUGAGCAGCAGGUGUACUGACGGAUAAAGCAGACUAGAGGCAAUCUCAGUGUUCAUGAAACUUUGCUACGAUUUACGUGCUGGGGUUGCCGUCCACCAUGUUAAGGUAAAGCCCAGGUGCGCGGUGUUGACCAUGCUAAAGCGCCUGGACAAGAUCCGCUUCCGAGGCCCCAGGUCGAGAGAGGACUUCCCGGAUCUGGCCGAGUCGCCGCCCGCCUCUGACAACGAAUGUAGCGACGACAUGCAGCUGAAGCCCAGAGCUGCUCCGCGAGACGCAGAGGAGAACCUACGAGACCCUGCAGGUUCGGGGUCUCCCACCAUGGCAGUGGCCAUCCAGGACUUCCAGAGGUCGGAGUCAGACCGACUCAAUGAAGUGAAAGGUCACCUGGAAAUUGCCUUAUUGGAGAAACAUUUCCUACAGGAGGAGCUGCGGAAGCUCCGGGAAGAGACCAACGUGGACUCUCUGCGGCAGGAGCUGGACAGAGAGCGAAGCAAGAGGAUAGACCUGGAGCAGAAGAUGAACGAGGUGCUCAAGACCAGGCUGGAGGACUCUCCGCCACAGCCUCCCCGGAAACAGCAGUCGCCCUCCAACAAUGGAACAGCAGAAAAACAGCAGAAGGAGGUCUGGAGCUCGCGACUUCAGAAGUGGGUGUACGAGCGCUUCGGGGUUUACAUCGAAGACUUCCGCUUCCAGCCGGAGGAAAGCACCGUGGAGGCCGAGGAACCGCUAAGUGCUAAAAGGUUAACAGAAAACAUGAGGCGACUCAAGCGAGGAGCCAGACCCGUCACCAACUUCUUAAGGAACCUCUCCGCCUUAUCUAAUUGGCACUCCGUCUACACCUCAGCUAUAGCCUUCAUUAUCUACAUGAAUGCUGCUUGGCAUGGCUGGGCCAUUCCCAUGUUACUCUUCCUGGCUAUCCUGCGCUUGUCCUUAAAUUACCUCAUCGCCAGAGGUUGGAGGAUCCAGUGGAGCAUUGUGCCUGAGGUCUUUGAACCCAUGGAGCCUCCAAAGGAAGACUUGACUGUAUCUGAGAAGUUCCAGCUUGUACUUGACGUUGCACAAAAAGCACAGAACCUGUUUGGUAAAAUGGCAGAUGUUUUGGAGAAGAUUAAAAACUUGUUCAUGUGGGUGCAGCCGGAGAGCACCAGGAAACUCUACAUCUGCCUUUGGGUUGCUUUCAUCACCUCCUGCGUCCUGCCAUACAAGCUAAUGGGCUUCAUGAUGGGCCUGUACGCCGGCAUCAAGUUCUUCAUCAUAGACUUCCUGUUCAAGAGCUGUCCAAAGCUGCGGGACAAGUACGACACGCCCUUCAUCGUGUGGAACAGCCUUCCCACAGACCCUCAGCUCAAAGAGAGGACCAACGCCAUUGUGUCGCGGCGGGUUCAGCCGGUGGUUACUAGGAGCAGCCUCGCCACCGCCCCCUGUGGGGUGAGCAGGGAGGAGGAGACGGGGCGCUCCCACAGCACCAAGAAGGGAGCUUUCCAUGAGAUCUUCAACCUGCUGGAGUCAGAGCGCCCUCUGGCGGUGUGUGAGAACGGCUGGAGGUGUUGCCUGAUAAACAGAGACAGGAAGAUGCCCACGGACUACAUCAGGAACGGAGUGCUCUACGUCACAGAGAAUUACCUGUGCUUUGAGAGCUCCAGCUCCAGAUCCAGCUCCUCCAAGAAGAAUAAAGUUAUCAAGCUGGUGGACAUCACUGACAUACAAAAGUACAAAGUGCUGUCAGUCCUACCAGGAAGUGGGAUGGGCAUCUCCAUAGCUACUCCUUCCACUCAGAAGCCAUUGGUGUUUGGUGCCAUGAUUCACAGAGACGAGGCUUUCGAGGCCAUCUUCACCCAGUACAUGAAGAUCAUGACCACCACCAAACCACCGGCCAGCGCGGAGCUCUAGGCAGCCUGUAUCCCGGCAACAGACCUCCGUACUUGGGCUAAAGUCUGGGGCAGAGAUCCUCCUGAGAUUCAACUGGACUGUAGGAUACUUUAAAAAAAACACCACACUCCUCUGCUCUGUGGGAGCCUCAUCCUCCUCCUGGAUUGGCAUCAGCUUCCUCAUCAGUGGUCGCAUCUGGGUGUGUCGACUACAUGUAGUUGGGAUUUAGUUACAUCACACACUUUUUUUGUGAGUGUUGGAUAAUUAACAAAAUCCGCUAACUGUUCCUGAGGAGGCGUGAGGAUCGGUGUGAUUUUUAUCAAUCAGUAGAAGGCUGGCGGGGGGGGCUGGUUCUCCUCUCCCACCUGACUGACCAGCUGACCGGCUGACUGGUUUCCUGACUUACUUGUGUCUGUGUUUGCAUGUGUGAGUGGGUUUGUGGGCCGAAACGAUGGUCUUAAAGUGCGUCAAGUGGCUCUAUUUUUCUCUCUGUCGGUGAGUCAGUGGAGUGACUUUUACUGUGGUAGGAUGAUGUCAAGAAGUGCUCGCCUAGGCUGUCAAAUGAAUAUCAUUAAAACAAGUAGAAGAUAAACAGGAGGCUCUUUCAACUGCCAGACAUCUUUAGGAACAAAUAUGUGACAUUUUCGCUUUAUAAAUCAUUUAACUGGCUGAUCGGUGCCUUGUGGCAGAGCCCAACAAAAUUAUAUGCGUGUACAUGUGUGAGUGGUCCGUUUUUUUUUUUUUUUUUUUUUUUUAUAUAAAUGUGUAUUAGCUGUGAAAAACGUCAGCUCACCAUUUGACUGACACAGUUUCUGUUAGUUUACAUUGCUGAUGUCAGAUUUUUCCUCUUCUUCCUAGACACAUUUCAGCAGCAACGCUAUGUUUUUGGUCUUCUUUGUCGACACAACAGAAAAUGUACGCUGCGUUCAGCAUCCGCUUCGGUGUUUGUUAGUAUGCGUAUGUGAAACGUGAAGUGUUUUCUUUUUUCUUUUCAAAAAUGCCUUUCUUUUUGAAACAAAUGUCUCUUUUAAACAAACGGCCUUUGGGACGAGUAACUGGUGGUCCCGGAGCUUCUGAUUGCGUCCAAGACGAGAGCACAACCACUGUUAGAUGGUUCGAACACUGACUGCCAUUUAGAGCUACGACACAGCGGAGAACAUAACCUCCCCAUGUGCACGCUUCUCUUUCAAAGGCACAAUCUGUACAUGUAGAGGGAGGUUUUCUUCUCCUCCAUCGAUGGUAUUCUCCCUGCACUUUAGUAGAACGUUAACUGGAAUUCCUGACAUUUAAGUCGUGGUGAAUAGACUUUUAAAUGUUCACUACUUGAGCUGGAAUCCAUGGUCAGUGUUGGCAGGUAGUCUCAAAGCUACCACUUAUGCCCCGUGGUAUUUCUCUUUUGUCUCAAAUGCGGUCACAGCACCAUGUAUUAAUGACAGAUUGAUGUCUUUCUUCAAACUGACCAUAAAUGAAGAAGGUACUCUGACUUGAAAAUGAAAACCACUGAUAUGACCUCCCACAAAGGCCCCUCAUUGUUACAGUGUUGCAGUAUUUCUGCCUUUGAAUCAUAAAUCUAAACCAUCAUCAACCAAGACCAAUCCAGAAAUGUCUGUUAAACAUGUUUCUUUCUGAUUGGCUGAUCAGAGUUGCAUAAAAGCGCAGCUCAGUCUGUUUGAGGUCACAUAAGCAGUUAUUUUAUGAAGUCAUCUCUUUUUUUUUUUUUUUUUUUUUAGGAUACGAGCUAUGAAGGCACGCCUAAUUACUUCAUUUUGUUCAAUUUUCAUUUGCUUAUUUUUUCACUUAUCUGUAAUGCCACAGUGAGUUGAGAACGACAACCGGGUGCACUUCCACUUGUUAUGUAAGCGUUUGUAAACAGUAGUAUGUGAACUACAUGGAUACAAGUCUAGCCUGAACAUAAUAUUUCAACGUCACUUUAUUUAAAAGACGCCGUUCUCAAGAUUAAAGCCGGUCUUUAAUCUUGCAGAAUGGUUUGAAAUGUAGAAGUAUGAUGCCAAACGACAUCAGACACGUCACCGUGUUUAGUGAGAGGAGUGGAUACGGGAUACGGGACUGGAGGUCAUUUCUCUUCAGAGUUUAGUACGAGAGACAGUAGCUAUUCCACCUUCCCAUCUCUUAUCUACCGUACGGCCAGCAGCACAAGCUUUAGUUUCUUUUUGUGUAAAUCUUGCGAAACACCGUUAAAAGGGAGACCUUGACAUUUAUUUUUACUUUUAUUCCGGUCGUUUUUACUCACUGGAAGCUUCUUUAUGUUUAACGAUCCUAGAUCACACUGGUGUCACUGUUCCUUUUAAAAACAUCUAGAUUAUUUUCUUUCAUCUGCACUUCAGACUACAAAUGUCAAGGUUUCCCUUAAAGUCGAUACAAGUCCUCUUAUCAUCAUUACCAGAUAGAAUCAACUGAGCUGGAUAUGAAGUUACCAUAAAGGCAACGGACCAGUUUCAAGAACCACUUUUAUUAUAUUUUAGUUCAAACUAAUUACGGAUGGAGAUUUUUCCUUUGACAUCCAUUUGUAUGAUUUGGCUCGUCAUUAAUCGGCUGCCUUCCCAGACAUGGAUUUUCUAUUUUUGUGGAUCCAUGAGCGGGGGAAACCUGUGGGAUCUUAGAGCAGGUUAAAUCAGUAAAGUAACUAACGCUGUGUCACUGUGUGAUUUGAUGGCUCGUUGUCGUCCUUAAAGCUUUUACCUGAAGCCUUUUGUAAUCUGUUAAGUCUGAACACCAGUUCUCUGGAGGUUUUGGAGAACCAACAAGGCUGAAAUCGGAUAAAGCACAGAAUGUAUCAUGUUCUAUAUGUCUAACAUAUAUAUAUAUUUUUUUUUUUUUUUUUUUUCUUUUUGCCAAAUCUUUAAUUUUCUGUCUGCCAUAUUCUGCCUACGCUCAUGUUUACAGCAGAUUGUAAAAAAAAAUGUUUUUUUUCUGUUUUUUUUUUCUCUUAACCCAGUUUGAAUUCCUUUGACUCCGGAGUUAUGAAGACUGGAUUGCUGUUCUUGAAUUAAUGUCUAAGCUCUCAUUGGCUCUGCACCAGUCACAUGACUAUUUCUGCUCUCCUUUGACCAAUAGGAAACUCAAAUCAUGGCAACAAGAUCAGUAUUUUAAAACUACAUACAGCAUGUUAAUUGUCAUAUCCAACAUCUCAGAGCUUCUUUACAGUUUAGUGUAGUGGCAGUAAAACACAGAGAGCAGAGAUGGUCAUGGUGGACUGAAAUGGCAACAUCACUGCUUUUGACUAAGUUUGUCCAUAGUGAGAGAGAGAGAGGCGGCGAAAGAAAACUAGUUUGAUUCAAAGUUUUUAUUUUUAAUAAAAAUUCACCUUGGAUAAAAGUGUCCAGGAAAUGUGCUGUAGCUGUAGCUAGUUAUUUGCCAUGGAGGUGGAAAUUAUGAUUCACUUUACUGUAUCACUAAAAGUUGAACUCAAUCCGUACUCUUUUCUUUUUUUUAUCGAAGCUAAUUAAGGGAUUGCAUCAUCGUUUAAAUGCACUUAAAAACAUCAGCACUUGCUGUGAGAGGUUGAAACCCUCAAUUUAAAUGACUAAUUAGCACACAAAAUAGUCAUAGAUCCCAUAAUAUUCCCAACUCUUUGGCUGUAAUCACAAAAAACACUUUUCAACGUACAUUGUUGGUCUAUUUGUUUAAGGCCACUAAAAAGAGACAUAAUCUAUAGAGAACAAUAUUACAUUGUUCUUUAAAAGAUUACCAUCCUUAUCCAGACAUGUGGAUUGAACCACAUAAUACAUACUGCUGAUUUUUAGUUAUUUGCAUUAUUACCUUCAGCCAUGUUUUAUCCUGUCUUCAGUUCAGCUGGUUGUUCAGUCAGGUUACUAUAGCAACCUGUUUCAUUCGGUUCAGUACAAAAUUAGACCUAUACAAGAAAUGUCUAGCAGCUGUCAAAUAUUUACAAAGGUGUAAUCACAUGGUGGUUUUUUCGUGGCUUUCACGGUUUAGUUUUCCUCAGCUGAUCUGGGACCAGUAAGCUACUGAUUCAGUCCCAUUACAGGUACGCUUCGGUAUCAUCAGUAACGUUAGAAGAUUCUGUCCUAUGUGAACUUGACAAUUACUAGGAAGCUAAUAAACUGAUUUCCCAAAAUGUCUACAUAUUCCUUUAAUGUUAUGAGCGCUAUGCUGCACAUAAUGACUGCCACACUGUGUAUAUCUCUACCGGCAAAUAACACAGAACAGUUAAAGAUGUAACUGUUGUUAUAGUGGACAGAGACAUUGUCAAAAACAGUGGUGUUGUCCUCUCAAGUUGAGCCUGUGUCGAAACUGGUGUCCUCACUGUUGUAUUAAAUGUGUACUUCCUCUUACUGUGUUACUGCUAAUGAAGGGUUUUCCAAAACAAGCAUUUAAGCGCACAGCAAACUGAACCAGAGACAAGUGAACUGUCUUAAUGCUGCAAUCAUUAUGACAUUAUGACCGAAGAGAAUUUAAAAGGUGAACAAAAUAAAUGUCAAGAAUGUCGAGGGUUCAGCGGUGUUUUAUGGACGGAGUCAGCAUCAUUAAACUUGGUACAGUCAGUGAAAUGAGAAUUUGUAAGUGUUACCGUGGGAACACUGCUGUCAUAACGACUAAUUAAUUUGUCAUCCAUGACAAUCGACUUCCUCAUUUAUUUCUCCUAUUAUUAUUUUUUUGUCAGAGAGGAAUUUGUAUACAAAUUAUUGAAAUGUACAGUGAAGAAAAGUGAAAAACCACAGAGUUUUUAAAAGACAUGUCUAUUGUAAAGGAUAAUGUGAUGUACAUUUUUUAAUUUAAGUAAAUGAAU